AUGUUAAGCAUUUUAAAUAAAUCAUUAAAAUCUUCUAGUUUUAUUGUUAGACCAUCGACUUUGUCAUUGGCAAGUUCAUUGACAUUAAGAUCGAACUUACUACAACAACAACAAGCUAAAUCAGAUUUUAAUAGUAAUAAUAACAACAGUAAUAGUUUCAAUGGAAAUAGAUAUUAUUCACAACAUUCGAUUUCUGAUCAACAAGUAAAAGUAGAGAUUAAAUAUCCACCAAAAAAGUCAUCGGCAAAAUCAUUGCUACUUAGAUUCCUUGGUUUGGUGAUUGUCGGUAAGAUCAGUUGGGAUACUGUCACAUCGAUCAUGGCAUACAAGAAAGGUUCAAAAGAGAUAGAGGAAUUCCUAACAGAUGCAUGGAAUGAAGUAUUACAAAAUGUUUAUACAAUGGCAGUCAAUAAUAAAGAGGUAAUCAAUGAAUUGGGUGGACCGGUAUCGAUGGGUGCACCACCACAAGGAUCGACUUCACCGAUAACCGAGCUAUCGAGAGAACUGUUCAUCGGGUUGAAUCUACCGAAAUCACCAAAGGAUAUCGAUACAUGGUAUUUGAAACCGGUCGAAGGAUUGAAAUCAUCGACUGCCAACCAAUCAACAGCAACCACCACCACCAAAGACAAUCAAGAUAAACCUGUUUUGGCACCACAACCAAACUCAUGGCUGGCAUUCCCCUACGUAGAGACAACCUCAGAGGUAACCAUUCCAAUCAGAGGAUCAAAGAACAGAAACUCGGUAUCGAUUAUUCACGCCGUAAUCUAUGCCAACGACGAUAGAUGGCGUGUAUUGAGCGCCAAAUACUUUUAA